CUCCUCCUCCUCCUCCUCCUGCUCCUGCUCCUGCUCCUCCCGCCCCUCCCUCCAUUUCCGCCUCCUCGCCUUACGCUGUCGGCGCAGCGGGCGCAUUCGGCGCAGCGGUGCCAGCGCCGAGGAGGAGCGAGGCUUGCAAGAAACCUGUGGGAGCCACAACAUACGCUGCUGAUCCAGUUGCCCACGUGAAGCUUUUGCACAAGGGGAGGAGGCUGGAACUGUGACGUGUCGACACUGCUGUGCACCAGCUCAGAAAGAAACUAGCAGUACUUUCAAGAGGAGUUCUGAGAGCAGCCAAGCACCACAAUCUCUAGUCAAGGGAGCUCCUGCUGGUCCGGAGCUUAGAUUUCCCCCUCUACCCUUGGAGAUGAACCAGAGACUUCACUUGCCCUCCUCCUUACCUGAAGUCUGCACCAGCGAUGAUACUAUAGCCAGAUCAGACCACCAAAGAGAGAAGAGGAUUUUUCAUUUAAAGCUAGGGUGCCAUUGCAUUUGAACUGAGAUUUCUGUGCUCUUAUUUUUGUAAACUGGAUUGACUGGGGAUUUAUUACUGAUGUUGUGGUUUCACCUUUUUUGAAAACUCUUUAUUGUUUAUAUUUGGAGCUGCUGCACUCUAGAGAUAUUUUUGCUCUUUUUCUUUUUUCUUGAAAAAUUGGGAGUUUCUAGACUCUGUGUUUUUUGGCCUUGUUUGAAUUUGCCCAUGGCUUUCUUGAUGAAGAAGAAGAAGUUCAAAUUUCAAACCAAUUUCACUUUAGAGGAGCUGACUGCUGUUCCUUUUGUGAAUGGGGUUCUGUUCUGCAAAAUUAGGCUUCUUGAUGGAGGAGAUUUUGCCACUUUGUCUUCCAGAGAAGAAGUUCAGGAGAACUGUGUUCACUGGAAGAAGAAAUUUACCUUUGUCUGCAAAAUGAGUGCCAAUCCUGCCACUGGCCUUCUGGACCCCUGCAUCUGCCGUGUGUCUGUCCGCAAGGAACUGAAGGGAGGGAAAACUUAUUCCAAGCUGGGUUUUGCUGAUCUGAAUCUAGCAGAAUUUGCAGGCUCCGGGUUCACUGUCAGGUGCUGCUUGCUGGAGGGAUAUGACACCAAGAAUACUCGGCAGGAUAAUUCCAUAUUGAAGGUAACGAUUGGCAUGUCCCUGCUCUCUGGAGAUCCUUGCUUCAAAACGCCUCCGUCCACAGCCAAAUCCAUUACUAUACCAGGCCAGGACUCGACCCUGCAGUUGACCUGUAAAGGGGAGGGGACGACCAGCAGCAGCACAACUCCCACCAGUAGCACAUCUGCCACCAUUGGUUCAGUCCGUCAGAACAAGCCCAGGCCCACCAUUCUUGGUUCGGGUACAGGUGUAACAGAAGAACCAGACCAGAACCUGUCAAGUCCUGAUGAAGUGUUCCAUUCCGGACACUCACGGAAUUCAAGCUACGCCAGCCAGCAGUCCAAAAUCUCUGGCUACAGCACCGAGCAUUCACGAUCCUCCAGCUUGUCUGACCUGACCCACCGCCGCAACACGUCCACCAGCAGCAGCGCCUCAGGAGGGCUCAGCAUGACAGUGGAGUGCCCAGAAGGUGAGCGGGAGCACAAGCCGGAGAAACCACCUCGCCCACCAAGACCAAACCUUCUGUUGGACAGAUCAUCCAGGAGAAAAAAGGAUUCUGUGGAAAGCCAUCCCACCUGGGUGGAUGAUACCCGGAUCGAUGCGGAUGACAUAGUGGAGAAAAUCAUGCAGAGCCAGGACUUCACGGAUGUCAGCAACACUGAAGAUAGUAACCUGAGACUGUUUGUGAGCAGAGAUGGCACAACUACACUCAGUGGAAUUCAGCUUGCCAACAGCUUUCUGACGUAUGAUUUCAGGCCAGAGUCUCAUCUGGAGUUUACGAGCCAGUGGUAAUCGAAACCCAUUAAAUGUGAACAGAAGCAAGUAGACCUGCUGGAAACAGUCUCCUUCCCCAUCUGCAGCGGUGGUGGUGGUGGAUGCCAUCCUUUCUUCCUUUUCUAACCUCUCUUCAAGCAACAUUCCAGGCAGGAUUUCCCCAAACCUGUUCCCUGACAUGUGGGCACUGCAGAACCUUCUCCGAGGACUUGACACUCCAGAACAUGCACUUUUGCCCAAAUCUGCCUCAUGCUGCCUCAGAUUUAUCUGGCAAUGUCCCAGAAUUUUCCUGCCAAUCUUCCUCGUCAGGCAACUCUGCACUCCCAUGUUAAACCCUCAUUCCAUUGAACCACUUUAUCUUCUCACGUGUAGGAUUUUGCUGGUCCUGUGUAUCUCAGCCCAUUGGGUUAUACCACUUUGAAUGCUUCCUCUCAACCUCCCAACCUCCCCAAAUCAAAUCGGGGUUGAGGAGAAGCAUCGUUAGCUGAAUGCAAUUUAAAGUUUAAAGUCAACAGCCCCAAAGAUUAUCCAUUCAUAGGAAAUGGCUUUUCCUUUCCUUUUUUUUUCUUCCAAAAGUGCAUGUCAAGAGUUGCUGAAAAAUAGAACUUAAUUGUUCCAAGAAAGAGAGAAAACAAAAGAAUUACGAAUGCUGAGCACGUCUUGGUAUUGCAGCAGCAGCAGCCCCCCGCCCCGCCCCCGCCUGCCCUCCACUGCAGGGCAUGGAAGGGGUGCCUGGCCUCAGUUUUCAUUAGACGGAGCACGUUCCAGAUUCCGAACGUACCCUUGAAAGGCCACUUUCAGAAGUGGAACCUGCACUCUUCAUUCUUUUUUUUUUUUUCAACAAAGAACCGAUGUUAUAGGUUGGUGGGGGUGUCUCUAACAGUUGGGCAUCAGAGUAAUUACGCUUCUGUCUGCUCAUUGUGAGGCCAGUAGGAGAAAUCAUUUAACAUGCCCCAAUACGGCUGCUUUCUGGGUCAGAAAAUGUGUUGAAUUAGGGUUGUCUUUUAUUCCGUUCUGGGCGAGGAGAGUUUUGACACUCUUCCAAAACUAAAACAUGGUUGAUCGUUCUUUCCCCUGUCCCCUACCAGUCUUUCGGCUUUGAUUUGGAAUAGGGUAUCGGUGCUGCUGCUGCUGUAAGGAGUCCAGCCUCCUCUCCCUUUGCCUAAAAUGUGCCUAAAAUCUGUCCCAGAGGCUCCUGCUUUGGCCCGUGGACUCUCUACUCCAUCCCUUGCUGAACCAAGCGAAAUCUGCUGAAUGCCAGCAGCAGAACAAAGAGGUAAACUUAAAACAGGAGAGAUUCCGGUUUUUUCAUGCUCCCCCUAUGUAAAGAAAAACAUUCUUCUGAAGUAGAACACUUAGCACAGAAGAAAGACAGGGUCUAGUUCAGUCUACUUGUUGCUGUGGUAGAUUUCUGCUUGCAGGAGAUAUUGGUUUUCCUGGGAGGAAGCUGCCAUCUUGGGGUUCUAGUUUACCAGGAUUUGGAGCAGGCAUCCUCAAACUGCGGCCCUCCAGAUAUUUUGGACUGCAAUUCCCAUCUUCCCCGACCACUGGUCCUGUUAGCUAGGGAUCAUGGGAGUUAUAGGCCAAAACAUCUGGAAGGCUGCAGUUUGGGGGUGCCUGAUUUGGAGCAUGGUGACGGAUUGGGUUUUUGUAAUAAUUGCUGCUUGAGCUUUGUUUCGUCUUUCACCUUCCAACACUGAGACCUUGAAGGGGGUGGGAAUAACAGUUCGUGUCUGCACAAGUGGAGAAAGAGAAAGCUCAAUUUUCUCUCCACCCUUAUAAUCCUGGCAAUUGUAUUUCUAGGUCUUGUAUUUGCAGGCAGGACACUGGCACUACUUGUGUAUAGUUUCAGCCUAUACGCUAUUUUCCAUUUAGCACCCUCCCCACCUCACUUUCACGUCUGCUACUCUGCAGACAGCAUAUACAUUUGGGGGGCACUGCCUGUUGAGAAGAGUGUGGCCAAGGCCAUUAAUGUUCUGUUAGCACAUGUGCUCAGCACCGGGUGUUUGUGUACAUGAAAGCACACACAUGCACACUUUAUCACCUGCAGCAAAGUAGAAGGGAUGGUUCUGCUCCUUUUCUCUCUCCCCACCCCCGUUACUUAUACUCAAGCGGGCUGAGAGCCAUCUUUGUAAUGAAUGGAGUGCCACAGAUGGAAUUCAGGUGGGUGGGUGGGAAUUGGGAAAGGAAACAGGGCUCUGUAGGGUUGCUGUCUCUGUGAACCAACCAGGCCACUGUGUCCUGAGGUGGAAGUGUGCCACACAACCUUCACUUUACAUGCUUUGGAGCAGGCAUCCCCAAACUUUGGCCCUCCAGAUGUUUUGGACUACAAUUCCCAUCUUCCCUGACCACUGGUCCUGUUAGCUAGGGAUCCUGGGAGUUGUAGGCCAAAACAUCUGGAGGGGCGCAGUUUGGGGAUGCCUGCUGUAGGCAUUGCCAAGCAGUGAUGUUUACAAGCCCCUCUUUUCAGUUGCCGUGUAGGGCAGGUGGGCAUGGCUUGGCCAAAAGAGCCUCACAGACCAAAUGGAUAGACCCUAAUUAGGCUGGUGGGCUUAAGGUUCACCUCCCAGAUCUACUAAAGGGGAGUAAGGAUGCUUUCUUCAGAGGGCUGUAAUUCCUCUGUGCUUGUGCCUCAUUAAAAACGGAGUUAUUAGAGCCCCUUGAAAGCUGGCAAGACUUGUUGUGGGGUGUAAUCAUUACCAGGGGUGGGGGUGGGGAAGGAAGGAAUUCUUUCAUUAACCAGUUGCUCAAAUUGUUGCUCAGCCUCUCCCCUGGUAGGAAGUUAGUGAGAUGAUGCUCUGGUCUACAUACUUACCGGUAGUUUUCUUUCAGUGGCCAAAUCAGCCACUGAGUCUAUAACAUCACAAAAGACUCCCAGCCUUUAGCCUCUUAAUUGCUUUGUGCAUGAUCAGGAGGAAGUGGGGGGGGGCAAGGGCAUCCUUCUGUUGUGACCUUCCCCAAACUAUUGCCCACCAGAAGUUUGGAGCGACAGCUCCCUGCAGACCCCAGGCAGUAACAUCUUUCAGUGCUCUCGACGGCUUGUUAGGUUCUUGAACCUUUGACUCUAAAAUGCGUUGCUAUUAUGAAAUUGCGUGCUCUGCUGUGCCUAGCCACUUGGUCUUGCUUUCAAGGCUAAACCAGUUUUGUUUCAAGUGAGUCUUAGGGGUCUCAGAUUUUCUCGCCCAAUCCUAAAAUUCCAUCCAUGGCUCUUCCCUAAGUGCACUUCGCUAGUUGAAUAGGAUCUGUGAUGGGGGUGCUGGGGACUUUUUUGGCCAACCAUUCUGCUGCUGCUGCUUAAAAUGUUAGUUGCAUCACAAGCACUGUCUUUCUUGGCAUGGUUGGUGUGUUUGUUCCUAGUUAACUGGAAGAUAAUGGUUGUAUUUGUUUUUUGUUUUUUGUUUUUGUUUCGUAAUUGAACUUCUCAGACCACUGAUCCCGCCUGGAGACCUUUUUCUUUUUUUUAAUUCUUGAAUUUAUGUUGAAUUUUCUUUAUGAACCCAGCAGGCUGGUGUUUUGCAGCUUUUCUUUUCUUUCUUUCCUUCUUUCUUUCCUUCUUUCUUUCUUUCUUUCUUUUGGGAGGGGAAUCACUGUUUCAUUGCUAUCUUGUGUCGGGGGGGUGGUUAUUAUUAUUCUAAUGUGUGAGACAGAGCUGGAACCCAGUGAAGCCUCACAAUUUUGAUAUACUGCUUUAAAAUCCAGAAGUUUCAGGAUUUUUUGCAAGAACACCUCCAUCAAAUUCACAGCCCUCGGGUAGGUCAUGCAAAAGAUUUUCUAGGGGCAAAUGUUUGUAUCCAAUGUUAGUUCUACACAGAACAGACCCAACUCCCAUCAGCACCAGUAGUAGGGCCCAUCAUCAGGGAUGAUGGCAGUUGUAGACCAGUUUAUCUGGAGGUACUUGGUUGGAGAAAGCUGUUAGCUCAGGGGUCCCCAGACUACGGCACGGGGGCCACAUACGGCCCCUAAGGCUCUUUUAUUCAGCCCCCCUGGGGCCACCCCCUGCCGCCGCCCUCUCUUACCGGCGCGGUGCGGUGCAGCUGCCGACUUCUGACCCGGAAAAGCGACGGAAAUAGCUCGGGUCGGAGGAGGCUUCUGCACAUGUGCACAAGUUAUUUCCGGCGCUUUCCGGGUCAGGAGUGUGCCAGAAACAGCGUUUGUGCAUGCGCAUGGGCGCGCAUGCUCCCCCACCGUCUGGCCCACCACGCAAUCGGCGCGGCGGGCAUCCGGCCCGAAGCUGGGUAAGUUUGGGGAUCCCUGUGUUAGCUGCUAGGGAGCAGAGCUGGUAUCUUUGUCCUCCUUUGUCCAGUGCCAAAUGAGAACAGGUUGAGCUUCAGCUCUCCUGCAACCUAGACUUUUUGUGUUUUGGUAUCUCCCUGUCUCUCUGUGAAUCUGAUCUGCAGAAUGCAAAGGGUAUUAUAUUCAGUGUAGUGGUAUUUGUGGUGGGUAGUGAAUGAGGCCCCUUUCCCCUGCGGAUAAUACAUUGAGCAUUAGUGAAUCGUGCCAAUCUCCUGCUGCACUGAUGAUGGAGAUGGGCUCAGUCGAGACCCUGAAGGCUAGAAUGGUGGCGAAAGGGAUCAGGUAACUGAAUUUCACCGUUUGCUCAGCACUCGGGGAGGGGCAAAAAGUAGUUAUGUCCUAAAUUCCCUUGGCUGUCCCUGGCUGGUUGAGAAGAUUUAUUUCCUUAUUUUCAAAGGCGUGUUUGUUCCUCUGUAAAGAAAGCCCGUGAUGAUUGACGGUCUUGAACAGUGUUGAUAUUUCGUUUGGUGUAUUCUCGCCCCCGCCCCACCCCUGCUUGACAACAAAAAACAAACUGCGCAGCUGGACUGUGCCCAUAAUGUGAACCUCUGGAAGGCCCCGUAGCUGGUACGCAUCACAUUAAAUCUCCCAUGUGAAAUGCACCUCUCCUGGAGAGGGGGAACGACAAGGAGGAGAGCAGAUCUCUCCCCUGUAGCUUGAUCUCAGGAGCUGCUAAAUGAACCCACUUUUCCUGCUCCCCUCCUCAAGCUAGCUAAGGAAAGGUAUGCCAUUGUUUCUUUGCCCUGUGGACAGGGCUGUUCUUCAUAGGGCCCGAUCCACUCUCUGCCUAGUAGCAAGUGUUUGUAGGAUCUUUAGCCCUCCACAUCCCAAGGGUCUCAUUCUGCAGAGUCCCCAAUUUGGGCUGACUGCAUCUGCCAUCCUACAUCAGGAUUGGGGAACAUGUGGCCUUCUCAAUAUUGGUGCACUGCAGUUCCCAUCAGUCCUAACCUUUCCCCUUCUCUCUUUGGCUAGUGGGGGGAGAUAUUUUCCCCUUCCCCUGGAGAAGUAAAAGGAACUUGGAACUUAAGAGUAGAGCCUCUGAUUCUUUUCCUUCGCUUCAAGAGAAAAUGUUUGCUAGUUUUGUUUUUUAAGCCCAUAUUUUUGAGAGGGUUAGAAAAAAAAAUAUGAGAGAGAUCAUGUUUAUUUUCUUGGGAAAGUUAUUGAGGCUCAGAAGAGAGCCGCGCUCAGUUUAUAUUCAGAUAUUUUUGGAAAGGGAAAAUGGGACUAUGCAAACUUUUUAAAAAAAUGUUUGAAGAGAUAGUUUUUAACACUUUAUAAACCAGGCUUGGCAAACUCGGCCCUCCAGAUGUUUUGGGACUACAACUCUCAUCAUCCCUGACCACUGGUCCCGUUGGCUAGGGAUGAUGGGAGUUGCAGUCCCAAAACAUCUGGAGGGCCAAGUUUGCCUAUGCCUGUUAUAAACUAAACGCAGAUUUAAGUAAAAUCUAAAGAUUACAUUAUCAUUAAAAGCAAGUAUAGAAGAUUUGUUAGUUCCACUGCUCUGUUCUUUCAAUUAUUCUUGUUCAGAUUUUGUGGGGCUAGAGGAGAAUGGUUUGCGAAUGGGUCUUUUCCCCCCACCCACACCAUUUCUAACUUGCUCCACUCGUGUGUUCUGGUUUUUUGUUUUCUAAUAGAAUGCUGUGCCGUCUCUGAUUCAACCAAUCGUGUUUGUGUUCUCUGAUUUUUGCUUCCUAAUGUAGGGAAGUCACAAGUAUAAAUGAGAAAAUCACUAUAAUGUCAAAUGGUCAUUACGGUUUUGGGGGUAAUAAAGGUGAUCUUCAUUCUUUUUCUUUUUGGUACUUCA